AUGCCGUCGAAUAGUUUCGUGGAUUCUCACGAACCAACCACCGCCACCACCGCCGCAACCGUACAUGAUGUUGGCCCACGUAAUGAAGAUACAUUAAUGUUUGAGCCUGUAGUCCCUACCGUUAUUCCAUCUCAACUUUUAAUUCAACAUCGUCUUGGAUGUACAACUGUACGUCUUAACGAUUUGCAAAGGUCCAGUCGAGUAGAGGCUGAGACCUUGGCAUUAUAUAAACAAUUGAAAUAUAAUAAUGUAAACACCUUUUAUCGCUUUAUUGCCUUUAUUCUGUGUUUACUGGUCCCAUCUGUAUUUUGUCAUUCCUUUGGUGUAGGUACCACUGAGUGGUAUGUGAUGGAGUAUAAAGUACAUCAUCGUUCACUUGGACUCUUCUUUGCCUGCCGUGAGGGAUUAGCGGGUAUUUGUAUUGAAUUAGCCAGUUCAUAUUAUCCCCGUAUUUUACGAGAUCGACUUACACAUGAAAUUAUCUGUGAGGCAUCCGGUUCUUUUGUUCAACAUUAUAUUGGCAUUAUGUGGAGUCUUGGUAUUAUUCAAUUUCUCUCUAGUAUUAUGGCACUUAUUGCCACUUUGCGAAUGACUUGUCGUCCCACCCGUUCGGGAAGUUCACUGGCGGCGUUGUGUUUUCUCGCUGUUUCCAUACCGUGUGGAAUUGCGAAUUGUGUACUCUUUUACUUUUACACGCGUUGUGAUCGGGAGGAGUGUCGGGCGCUUCACUACACCGCCCCAGACUGUACUAUUCAUUAUAGUUGGGGAUAUAGUCUUUACAUUGCGGCUAUUUGUUUAGACUUCUGUGCGUGUGUAACCACGGCGUGUUUAUACUCAUAUCCACACUCUAUACAUAAUUACGCCGUCCGGCUGUUGACAGAGAGACGAGCACAGAAUUGUGAGGAUGAACCCAUUCAUGAAUGUGAGCGGGAAUGUCAAACACAACGGUAUGAUAGGCAUACAGAGAAUAUAAGUUAUCUUCCAUCACCAUCACAACCACAAUUCGCUUCUGCGGCUCCUGCAAUGGAAACAAAUCAUAAUCGUACUAAUACCAAUAGUAAUAAUAAUAAUAAUAGUAAUAAUAACCGUAAGAAUAAGAAUGAUAAUGAUGAUAAUUAUAAUGAUGAUGAUGAUAAUAAUGAUCAUAAUAAUAAUAAUAAUAAUAAUAAUAAUAAUAAUAAUAAUAAUAAUAAUAAUAAUAAUAGUGGCAACAGACGAAACCCUGCAUUCCAUCGUCUGCUGCGCAUGGUACGUGGGGAUAUGGAAGGUCAUUCAUACCUUACUGCGGUGGAACUUGGUGUUCAAAUAGAUGGUGCAAAUGAUUGGCUUUACGAUGAUAAGAGUGAUUUGUUCUACAGUCCCAGUCUUGAUAUGUUUUGGGACCCACUCACAUGUGAUUACUACAGCUGUGCGUUGCAGAGUUGGCAGGUGACGGUGGAGGGACUCCCGGGAUUGCAUAGUGCGCGUGGUUCACAUAUAGGAAGAAGAUGGUGA